AUGGGGUUGACUAUUUCUGCAGUAUUUACCCGGCUGUUUGGCAAAAAGCCGAUGCGUAUAUUGAUGGUGGGGCUGGACGCAGCCGGCAAGACGACAAUUUUGUACAAACUCAAGCUCGGAGAGAUUGUAACCACAAUCCCAACGAUAGGCUUCAACGUGGAAACAGUGGAGUACAAAAACAUUUCCUUCACUGUUUGGGACGUGGGCGGCCAAACCAGGAUAAGGAAGCUGUGGAGACACUACUUCAGCAACACAGACGGCCUAAUCUUCGUGGUGGAUUCCAACGACAAAGAGCGAAUAAGCGAGGCUGAGGGCGAGUUGCACAGCAUGUUGCAGGAGGAAGAGCUGAAGGACGCCGCUCUACUGAUUUUCGCCAACAAACAGGAUCUUCCCAAUUCCAUGAACUCUGCAGAGUUAACGGACAAGCUGAAUCUAACGCAACUGAAGAGUCGAAGAUGGUAUAUCCAAGCUACGUGCGCCACACAAGGGAAUGGACUGUACGAAGGGUUGGACUGGCUGUCCAACGAAUUGGCCAAGUAAAUUUAAAGAUUAUAUAUUUUUUAUUCACCUUAUUCCUGUUUAUUUGUUUUUAUUAACCUUAAGAAUAAAAUAUUGAUAUGACGUUUUUGUUUUUACGAAGUUUUUUGUUAAUAAGGCAAUGAAAUAAAUUGAAAAUCUUGUUAGACUGAUGGCGGGUAUCUACAAAACUUUUUUU